AUGUUAGAAGAUGAAGAUGGAAGCGGAAGUGGAGGAGCUGCCUUUGAGGAUGAAACAUCGAUCUUUGAAGAUGUUCUUGAAUGUGAUGGACUGUUACGAGAGGUGCAAGAGGAAUCUUUAGGUGAGGUUGAUAUGUUCAAAGAUGCCGAAUUGACUGGCUUCCCGUCACUGAGUUUCAGGUGUAUGCAGUUACAAUCACUCAUCCCCACAGAAUGGAUAUCGUUGAUUUUAUCCAAUCUUCUCAUUGGAUGCAAUGAUAUGCUUUGCACAGAUUGUCUUGGUCAUUGGAUCAUACUUUCCGACUCAGACAAAUUCCUACCAAGACUUUGUCAAAAGAAAACAAAUCAUCGAACAACCUACAUGAUCGAGGAGCAGAUAGUCGAUAAUCCUGCGGUUGAAGAUCAAACUGAGAAGCAAACUGAGGAACAAAAGGAAGAGCAGAACGAGGAGCAAACAAGUAAGGAGUCCGCUCCAUCAACAGAGUCAGCGCUAAUUCCUGCUGCUGCAAACUCUCGGCUCCCUUCACAUCAUCCACAUCUUCCACCACGCCUGCAGGUUCGCGAAGUCCAAGUCCUAGUUUUUCAUCACUACGAGCUCAAGAGCUCCAAAUUCGCAUAG